CCGGGGGUGGGAUCGCGAGCCGGCGCGGGGCUCGAGCCGACGGAGCCAGGCGCACGCGGGGGAGGAGCCACGCGCGACUGGGAGGCCGGGCCCGGAGGUCUGCGGCCGACCCAGCCACUCUGCACCCGAGUUGUCCAGCUCUGAGGUAGCAUGGACCUGCCUGUGGAGGAGUGGCAGUCACACGUGCACAGGCGGUGGCUGCAGCUCCCACCAUCCGUCCAGGGGGCUUUCUCUACUGGUGCCCUGCAUGAGAUCAUCCUGCACUGCUCUGCUCUCCUCCAGCCUGACGAUGAGGUGUUUUUACAAAGACUAGCUGAAGGUUACUCAGUGGAGAAGGACCCGGAUGCCUGCCUUUUUUAUAAAGAAGAAGGAAACAAGGCCUUCCAAAAGAAGGCCUACGAGGCGGCCGCCAUACUCUAUUCAAAGGGGACAUCCCACGCUAGGCCCAACACUGAGGAAAUGUCGUUGUGUUUGGCCAAUCGGUCUGCGGCCUUCUUCCAUCUGGCUCAGUAUGAGACAUGUCUUGAAGACAUUGGGAGAGCACAGACGCAUGGGUACCCAGAGCAAUUACAACCCAAGUUGAUGCUGCGCGAGGCUGAGUGCCUCGUGGCCCUGGGCCGGCAACAGGAGGCAUCCCUGGCCAUCCAUGUCCUGGAGCAGACCAUGGCGGCUCAGCAGGCCAGGACUGGUGCUCCGCAUCUCCAGGCCCUGCAGAGGAGGCUCAGACAUCUGAAAACAAGGGCCCAGGAGGACAAGGGCCCUGCAGAAGCUCACCCCAUCACUCUGGCAUGUGCCUCCAAAGAGGUCAAUCUGAGCGCCAAGAACACACAGAUUCCCAGUGCAUCGUCAUCCGUGAGCUUGUGCAGUGACCCUUCCAGAGGGCGCUAUCUGAUUGCCACUAAGGAUGUUCUUCCGGGUGAACUCCUAGUGAAAGAGGAGGCUUUUGUGAGUGUCCUCAAUCCUGGAGAGACACAGUGGCUGUGGCCUGGCCCAGAAGCCAGGAAGGACAGCAGAGCCACCCCUGGGGAUCUCCACUGUCACCGGUGUCUGAGACACACUGUGGCUACAAUUCCCUGCCAGGGAUGCAGCUAUGCCAAGUACUGCAGCCAGCAGUGUCUGCAGCUGGCCUGGGAGCACUAUCACAGGACAGAGUGUUCCCUGGGUGGGACGCUUCUCACCCUAGGCCUCUUUUGCCAUGUGGCACUAAGGACCGUCCUCCUGGCUGGAUUUGAGGUUGUCAGUAAACUCGUCAAGUCAUUUCAGGGAACAGUAAAUUCUGAAGCCAUUCCUGUACCUGAAGGCCAGCCUCCAGUGGAGAAACCGAAUACUCAGCCCAUUGUGGGGGAAAAGGACCAAGAUGGGGCCGGGUCCAGGUCACCCAUUCCCGGGUGCGACAGGGAUGGCAGUUAUCAGAGCGCUUACUAUGCCCUCUUCCACCUCUUGUCCCACACCGAGGACCACAGCCCAGAGCACAAGUUCCUCUGUGGCCUGAGCAUCGUGGCCUUGUGCAAGAAACUGGGAGCAGCCUAUUGGCCUUCCCCGCUGCGGCCUCAGGGGCCCUCUGAGCAGGAAGCAGCCUUGCCAACGGAGCUGGCACCAGGGCCCAGCAUCUGGGCAGUGGCCAUGCUGAGGCAUGUGCUGCAGCUGCACUGUAACGCCCAGGGAGUGACUGCCCUCCAGAAGGCUGGAUCUGAAGGGCACCUCAUUACAGAGCACAGGCAGGUCCGCCUCGCCACAGGCUUCUUCCCCGUCAUCAGCCUGCUGAACCACUCUUGUAGGCCCAACACCAGCCUGUCCUUCAGGGGCUCAGUGGGCACUGUCCGGGCGUCACGGCUUAUUGCACGCGGGCAAGAGAUCCUCCAUUGUUAUGGACCUCAUGAAUGCCGCAUGGACGUUGCCACGAGGAAGCAGAAGCUGAGAUCUCAGUAUUUCUUUGACUGUUGCUGCCAGGCUUGUCAGGAUGAGGAGGCGCACCGAGCCAGCCCAACCCCAAAGCAAGGGGGGUUCCGUUGCCCCACCUGCAAGGCAGUUCUGCAGGGAGAGGACGUUCUGUGCUGCAGCAGUGGAGCCUGCAUGGCCUUGGUGAGCAGGGCACACCUGAUGGGCCAGUUACAAGACCUUCAGCAGCGGGUGGAGGCUACCCUGGAGCUAAUCAGAGAUGGCAAAGCAGCUCAGGCUGUCCAGCUUUUGUCGGGGUGCCAGCAGGAGGCUAAGAACUUCGUGACCCCAGAGCACAUGUUGAUGGGAGAGAUUGAGGACCACCUGGCCCAGGCAUAUGCCAGCCUCGGGGACUGGCCCAAAUCUGCGGCCCACUUGCGAAAGAGCCUGCAGGUGGUGGAGGCCCAGCACGGACCAGCCAGUGUGGAGAUAGGCCACGAGCUUUUCAAGUUGGCCCAGGCCCUUUUCAAUGGGUUUGCCAUCACCGAAGCCUUGAGUGUGAUCGAGAAGGCAGAGAAGGUUCUGUCCAUACACUACAACCCUGAGAAUGAGCAGGUACAAGAACUGCAGCAGAUGAAAGCCUGCUUGCAGGAGUUACUGGGCCUCCCUGCAGGGCCCAUGGCAUCGGGUCCGGCCCACAGCGUCCACACGUGAGUGGCAUAGAGGACAUGGCCUGGGCAGAAUAGCCAACUGCAAGAGAGGCCAUGGGCACCUUUACACCUCCGGGAAAUGCAAACAAACGUGCGUUAGAUACCAGCGAACUGCUGCUGCUGCAUUUGAAAAACAAGGGCCUGGGACCAACAAGUCACUAAAUCAUCCGUACCCUUGGACCCAGCAGCCCCCCUGCUGGCGUGUGUCCCAAGGAGGCUCGUGUACACAAAACUAUUUCUAGCAACUGGGUUUUUUGGUGCAAAAAACCCCGAAAGCCAGUGGGUAUCUGUUAACUGGGAGAUGGCUGAAUGAAUUAUAUACAUGAUGGUAAACUGUAAGAAAUGACUACUAGGAAGAAGUCCCAGACACCAGGGUAGACUUCUGUGGAGUGAUGUGGAGUGAAGCAAGGCAGCCAUGGGAACGGCGUACCCAUGGACCAUCACACUGUAAAAGAAAACCUCAACGAAUGACGUCAAUGACUGGGUGCGGCCCCCAAGGACGGGGUCUUGUGGACCUCCCUCCAGUCAGCAGAGAGGUGGGGAACCACAGCUGCAGAAUGGUGUAUACAGAGGAGCCAAUAUGUUGGUUUGUCUACUUCACUGUACUUCUCUUUUAUAAGUUGGGGUAGGUCUGAUGUUGGGAAAUGACUGAGAUUUUUUAAAAGCAUCAGACUUUAAAAAAAUAAAUAAAUAGAUGGCUUCAGGGAAAUCCCAUGACUGGUGUGUGAUGUGGGGCUGGGAUGCAGGAGCAGUUACUCCUAACAUACUCCAGUGGGAGACUCAGGCUUUCAAAGGUUGCUGUCAUUUCCUAAAAUGAGAGAAUGUCCCAAACUAAAAGCUGGCCCCCUCACAGCACUGAAGAUAGAGGUCCAGAAACGCCGUGCUCCUCUGAAAGAACUGGACCUUCCCUAGGAGUUGGAGUCUCUGCCUCUGGACUCAUGGCCAGGGUCCAACCUACUAAAUUGUUAAGAGUCGACUUCAGUGGAACAUGCCUGUUGUUUCCAGUGGUCACACGAUGCUAUCUACACCCCUGCAGGGGAUUUAACUAAUGGCAACGUUGUCAUUAAGAACAAAAAGAUCAUUAUAAGAAAAUGUGGAGCUGAUGUGGUUUUCUUCCCUCCAACAAGUACAUAGGGCUUCACACACUAUCUCAUUUCACUGGGGUCACUUUAUUCCUGGGAUGGGCUAUUUGGCAGCUGCACGUUCAUCUUAAGCCAUUUUUCCCCUUUUUUCCAUCGUCGCCAUUCUGUUCCCUAACUCUGCCUCCUGAGCAAAUUAAUAAAA